UGUGUGUGGUUGACCAGACUUCAUGAGUGUCCUGGUUCUGCCGCAGGCCGAGGAAAUAACUCUGACCAUCGGCCAGGCCUUCGACUUGGCCUAUAAGAAGUUUCUGGAGUCCGGAGGCAAAGACGUGGAGACGAGGAAACAGAUUGGGAAUCUUCAGAAAAGAAUUCAAGAACUGGAGUCGGAAAACUCUGAGCUGAAGAAACAGCUCCGGGAUCUGGAGGAUCAGCUGAUGAUUCCUCACGUUCCAGCGGUGAGGACGAUUCUCUGUUCACUCUGACUGGGUUUCCACAAAGUGAACUCCACCAGUGCCACCAGUUCACGACCUCGUCAUCACCUGUGGCCACGCCCACACACCUUCAAAUUCAUAUUGAAAUUGAAUUCAGAUUAUUUUAUUCUUGCCUUCACUGCAUUACAAGGGUCAGUCAAAAAGU